GAACGCCUGCACUGGACGUUUUGCCAUAAAUCCCGAGGUUGUGCCCUGCUGCGGGAGCCGCCGUCUCAGAGGGGGAAGGAGCUGAGCUCGGAACUACGCCGGGGCGUUCCGGUGCGACGUAGAGCGAGAUGAGCGACACUGGGUGAUAGGCAAUGGCACAAGUUAAGAUGCAGACUACAGCAAACCUGUCUGGCCCUACCAUGUCUCCUAUGGUGCUACCCCUACCAGUUACAACUACAAAUACGCUGGGUCUGCCGUCCUCAAUGAAUGGAUCCAUUUCGGAAUCAGCUGCCAGCUGUAGCAGUCCUACGGCUGGCCUUGUAGAUCCUGCGCCUUCUAGCAACUCACCGGCUCCUCUCCAAGAUAACAUGGCAAACCCCAAAGAGAAAACUCCAAUGUGUCUGGUAAAUGAGUUAGCCCGUUUCAAUAGAAUUCAACCCCAGUAUAAGCUUCUGAAUGAAAGAGGGCCUGCUCAUGCCAAGAUGUUCACAGUGCAGCUGACUCUGGGAGAACAGACUUGGGAAGCUGAAGGAAGUAGUAUUAAAAAGGCCCAGCAUGCUGCUGCUAGCAAAGCAUUGAAUGAAACUACCCUUCCCAAACCAACGCCUAGACCACCCAAAAAUAAUGUUAACAAUAAUCCAGGCAGUAUAACUCCAACAGUGGAGCUGAAUGGUCUGGCUAUGAAAAGAGGAGAGCCUGCCAUCUACAGGCCAUUAGAUCCAAAACCAAUUCCCAAUUAUAGAGCAAAUUAUAAUUUCCGGGGCAUGUACAAUCAGAGGUAUCACUGCCCAGUGCCUAAAAUUUUCUAUGUCCAGUUAACUGUUGGCAACAGUGAGUUUUUUGGUGAAGGAAAGACUCGUCAAGCUGCUAGACAUAAUGCUGCAAUGAAGGCCCUUCAAGCUCUCCAAAAUGAGCCUAUUCCAGAAAAAUUACCUCAGAAUGGAGAAACAGGAAAAGAAUCAGAAGAAGAUAAAGAUGCAAACAAGUCUGAGAUCAGUGUAGUGUUUGAAGUUGCUCUGAAGCGCAAUAUACCUGUCAGUUUUGAGGUGAUUAAAGAAAGUGGACCUCCUCACAUGAAGAGCUUCGUUACACGAGUUACAGUGGGAGAAUUCACUGCAGAAGGAGAAGGCAACAGUAAGAAACUCUCAAAGAAGCGUGCUGCAAUGGCUGUCCUACAAGAACUUAAGAAACUUCCUCCUCUUCCUGUGAUUGAAAAGCCAAAACUUUACUUUAAAAAACGCCCAAAAACAAUAUUGAAGACUGGACCAGAAUAUGGUCAAGGAAUGAAUCCCAUCAGUCGUCUGGCUCAGAUCCAGCAGGCCAAAAAGGAGAAGGAGCCAGAGUAUGUUCUUCUUUCAGAGAGAGGAAUGCCUCGCCGUCGAGAGUUUGUUAUGCAGGUAAAAGUAGGCAAUGAGAUUACUACUGGAACAGGCCCAAACAAGAAAAUAGCUAAAAGAAAUGCAGCAGAAGCUAUGUUGCUACAGCUGGGUUACAAAGCCUCUACUCCUCUUCAGGACCAGCCAGAAAAGCUUGGAGAAAACAAGAGUUGGAACGGCCAGAAUGUUGGGUUUCCUGAGCCAACAAGUAACACACCAAAGGGAAUACUCCAUCUCUCUCCUGAUGUUUAUCAAGAGAUGGAAGCAAGCCGCAACAAAUCAGCCCCUGGUACCACUGUAAGCUAUUUGUCAUCCAAAGAAAUGAGCCAGACUUCUAGCUCUUUCUUCAGCAUAUCUCCUACAACAAAUAGCACAGCUACGAUUGCCAGGGAACUUCUCAUGAAUGGAACGUCCCCAACUGCCGAAGCCAUAGGUCUAAAAGGAAUAUCUCCUGCUUCCCCCUGUUCUACAGUGCAGCCUUCAAAACAGCUGGAGUAUUUGGCAAGGAUUCAAGGCUUUCAGGUACACUACAGUGAUAGACAAAAUGGCAAAGAGUGUAUGACCUGUUUGACACUGUCUCCUGUGCAGAUGACUUUCCAAGGUAUCGGAAGCUCCAUUGAAGCCAGCCAUGACCAGGAUUGGUAUGGUUUUGCUUGGUUAUCUACAAUUCCCCAUACAGAACUGCUGUACCUUUCUUAAGCUGAAUUAUCUACAUCUUAAAGUUUCAAAUGAAAUAAGUACAAGAUAGCCAUAUGCUAUAAAACUUAGGUUCUAGAAACUCUUCUUUAACAUAUGCAAUCUGUUGCUUUUAAAUCAUCUCUUUUGUAGUGUGUGGUAAUUGGGACGGACUAGUCACCUCAAAGCCUGUGUUUUCAUGGGAGGCAUGUUGAUUUGUGUCAGCUAUGAAGCCUGACAUAGUUUGACCUCAGGAUCCGUCCACUUCUGUGCUUAUGAAGAUAUUUUUCCUCAUGUUCAUUCUAAAAUAUAGAUUUGAUAAUUUCUAGGUUUUUAAAUGGAAAACUGUCUGAAUGAGACUCUGGAGUAGUUUGUGGGUGGGAAAGUGAUGGAAUCUGUUGGGUGAGAAUGUCUAAGAAAAAACCUGUAUACCAGAUUUGUCACUAUAUUGUAGCAGAAGAACCAUAGCUGACCAUAUAUACCUUGAUCAAAAAAAAGAAACAGAAAUAAUAUAUAUAGAAAAAAAGAAAAGAAAAGAAAAGAAAAAGAACAAGAGGUUCCCAAUGGCAUCUCCAGCACUAUAGUCAACCUUUGAGAUUGGGCUUGUCCUUUGUUAUGUAUCUCUCUACUCACAUCCAGUGGGAGAUUGUUACCCAGCAGAUACCAGUGUGGUUACAAUCCUACAUAAAUAUAUUAUCUUGCUUUUUCAAAUAUGCCAAGACUUGACACAGCAGUUUUUCAAGUCACUUGGUCUUUUCCUAUACUCUGUAGGGUGUUGUCAUUCUUUAGAUUGCUUUAGCUUGUGGUUUUAAUGAGUUUAAUUUUUUCCCCCACAUACUUCAUUUGAGCAGUUUCAGAUUAAAAUAAACAUUUCAUACUGUUACACUAAUUAGAGUGUAUUUCAAAUGUGUGAUUGACAAGGCAUAUCUCGUUUCAUCAUGAAGCGCUAUUGUGGAACCAGUUGCUGGGUCUAUCCUUUUUCUUUUGGCAAACAGUAAAAAAGGGAGAAGUUCAUAAAGUACCACUGCAUUCUAGCCUGCCACAUGUUUUGUGGGGUUUUACAUUCAGGUAUGCCAACCUCUUUAGUAGAAAUUUAAUGGGGUUUAGAAUAUUUUUUUCCUCAGUGAUUUCUUUUCUAUUUUCUGUUUCCCAGUGCCUGACCAUAGUUAGAAAUAUCUCUUUCCUUAUGGCCACUAUUCUUUGGGUUUUUUUCAGUAGAAUGUAGCUACAAGAAGCUUUUAGUUAAAGUGGUCACCACUUUCUAGUGGCUUUCUCAAGCAAACUUGAGUUUGUCCUUAACAGUAAUGAAUCCUGGUACUUUUUGCCUUACUGUGGCCUGGAGAAAAUGUAUUCUCAGGGCUUCUGAUGGACUUUAUGCAUGGAGUGUGAAGCUGAGGAAUGAAUUGAAUGUGUGCAAUACAAAGUAGUAGAAAGGAAGUCCAGAUAGUUAUUCUGUUUGCGUCACUAAGACAAUUCAAGGUAUGAGGAGUGGGAGACAAAAAAAGGGAAAAUUCAAAGAUAGAGGCUAUAUAAGCAAAAGCAGGUGGAAUGGAGCAGAAAACUAAGAAAGUGCAGGUAAAUGGGGCAGUAAAUGUCUAAAGGCCACAGAAGUGGGAUAAAGAGAGAAAGUCAGAGCUAAGUGGAAGUGGGUGCUCAAAAACCCCAGCAAAAUGAAUAAAGACAUCUUCUCUCCUGCUUAGUCUGAAAGUCUUCGAGAGUUCUGCCUGCUUAUCUUCUUAAAUUAUUGAACACUUAGCUGCUUGCUACCAAUACAAAUAAAUAUCUUUCAGCUUUAGUGAACUGGGUUAUAUGGACAGCUCUUUGAAGUCUUGAGCAAAGACAUGCCAAGAACUUUUAGUUAGAAAAUACAAUGGUAUCACAGCAAACUAUUGGAGGAAAUAGAGAUUUCUAUUUCCCAUAAAGAGUCCUAGUCAAUACCAUAAAGUUGUUAGAGAUGUACCUCACUCGGUACAAAUUACUGGAUUCCCUAUAAUGGUAGCUAACUUAAAAUUUGAUGGCCUGUGUCAUACAAGAUGUCCUGUGAUGAAGUUUUGUUCUAAGAAGUGACACUUCUAUUUCUGCUACAUCUUGAACAAGCCAGUGCAAACUCAGCUUCCAUGUUUGCAUGUAUAAUUUGGAAACUUGUAAUGUUACCGUCUUUAGUGGCUUUGUAAUGAUUGCUGUUUUUCUGAAUGCUUCAUCUCUAAGUGACUGUAGAGUUCUGCUUCAGGGGUAUCAUACCCCUAUGGCUGUCAUAACUGUGAAGAAAACCUUGGAAAAAACAUCUUGGGUGCAUUCUUAAAGCUUGCUGAACAGCAGCCAAAUUGAAAGUAUGAACAUUCAUUUUAAAAUGAAAUUAAAUUCAGUCCUGGUGGUGAGGAAGAACAGAUCUAGCCCAUUUUGAGAUUUUUGAAUGCUUGCCAUGGAGUACUCUGCCUGUACAACUGAAUUUUUAACCCCCAGUAACUUGAUGUUCAUUGAGGGGUGACCAGUUUUCUACUUAAAUUUCAGAAGACAGAUCAAAGACCAGUGGAUUUUCUUAAAGUCUCAUUACUUCAAUACUUUUUGAUUAUUUUGGAUGUUUUAACUUAUGUGUGGUUAUUUGGAGCUGGCAAUACUGCUCAUUUGUUUAUUAUUGACUUCUGCUGUUUGCUUAACCCAACAGUCCCAAUGAGAUGUGCUGUUAAAGUGAUGACAAUGAAUCUUUUAUACUUAUAUUUUUAGUUCAUGUUUUCUUAAUCCCAUCCAUUAUAUUUGUGUUGUAUAUUAGACCAUUGUUUUUAGAACUCUCCUACAUGUUACAAUGCAUAAAAUAGAAUACUAUUAUUUUCUAGGACGGAUAACAAUUGUGUAAUGUCGUAUGUAAUCUACCACUAUUAUCACUUUUAUUCUCAAGUAUAAAAAUAGCUGGAAUGAGAAUAGGCAGGGGCGGAAAUUAUAGAAGUGGAAGAGCUACUGAUGAGAUAGACUUGAUAAGAGAUUCCAGCAGGGAGGGGCUGUACUGAAAGGAAGAUGCCAUGCUCAGCAGUUUCAGAAAUCACUGAUGGACAGCUUGACAGACAGCAGUGACAAGCGACCUGAAAUAUUGUAUGAAGCAAACCAUCACUGUUGACGGGCAAGCAGGCAUUUCUGGGCAGGGUUAAGGGAUUAUAGUGAUGCCCAGAGGUGAGCAGUUCCUGAUGUCACUUGAAUACAGCAAAGGUGGAAGUAGUUCUCUAGGGACAAAAGACCUCAGAGAUGGGUGACAGGCUCGAGGGAGGGUGCUUGAAGCACGGAAACUCAAAGUUUAAGAAGAACUUUACCUUGUCACAGGAAAUACAUACUACAUACAAAGGUCCACAUCUCUGUAUUUGUUACGGUCUGAGAAUUGUUUGUAGAACAUGCUCAGGAGGCAGCAUCUAGGCAAUUUAUGCCAGCCAGUCACUGACUGACUUAUCUGUAAGAAAAACAAGUGCCAAAAAAACUAAUGGUGUAGUCAGUGAAUGUGCAGAGGAUGAGAAUUUUUCCAAUGCUGUAAGCAAAAAAGAGGAUUGGGAUUGGGGUUUUUUUUAGAUACCUUUCCACAUCAGAAAAAAAGUUUAUUUACUGGACACUACAUUAACUCCUUCUUAAAAUUAAUUGAUCUAAGGCAAAAUUAGUAUUUUCUAGAUGUUCAAAAAACACAGUGGCUGUUUGUGUCCUGGUCAUAGCCAAAAAAAUAAGAAAAUGUUAAGACUUUCUUUAAAAAAAUAUAUGUAUUCCUUUUUUUUUG